AUGAGAAGGUGGACUCUGGAGCUGAAAGUACCAAGUGACUCGGACUCCAGUAGGAUGUCAGCAACUACCACCGAGCUGAGGAGCCAGCGCGCCCGCGAGCAGCAGCGACGUCUCUCUGUUGUAAACUUGCACCUCUUGGCUAACCCGGGAGACUCCCUGUUGCUGCAGCACAGCUUGGACCGUCUGCUACGCAGGCUUUGCCCGAGCCUCCACAUUUUCCACGUAUCGGAGAGGGCAUCUCCUCAUAAAGGGAGCGCUCGCCUCUGUCCACCAGCUGGCUCCCCUUCUCUGGCCAUCACUUUCUUUCUCCACGAGGUUUAUGGAGAAGAGCGCAUCCUGAAAGUUCUGGACUUCUUCCAGCGACCGCCCUGGAAAUACCACCACACGGAGAGCUGCAAAACGUCCGGCAUCCGCAUCUCUUCCGACGAGACCGCCCCGCUGCGGCCGUACCUCCUGCCCAGUCGAGACUUUUUCAGCUUGGGCGCGGGGAUGCCCGUGUGGGGCGUGCGACCGGUGCACUUCGGAGGGGAGAUCUUGCGCGUGACGUUGUACAGUGGCUACGACAAUUACGAGGACGCCGUGCGCUUCUACGAGACAGUGCUGCAGAGGGAGGCGGAGGAGCAGAAGACUGGUUUUUGCUGGUUCACCUUGCACACAGAACCUGGGCUUUGCCUGCAGCUCGCUUUAAAGCAAGUGUCGGAGGGGGUCCACGUGGAGCCGUGUAACUCUGCUGUGCUGCAGUUCAGCGUGGAGGAAAUUGGCCAAUUGGUACCUCUGCUGCCCAACCCUUGCACACCCAUCAGCGCCUCACGCUGGCAGACCGAAGACCUGGAUGGAAACAAGGUUCUUUUCCAGGUGAAAACCCCGCCGCAUCCCAAGCCACCUUUGACCUGCGCUUUCCCCCUGGCCUGCCCCGCUGUGCCCCCCCGGGCCGUGCAGCUAAAAAGCUUGUCGCCUAACAACCUUCAUUCUCUGCCAGCUUGGCAAAACUACAGACAUGGCCCGAGAGCUACUAGUGAGAGCGCUGUGGAGAAGCUUCCAGGGAGCCAAGGGUCAGGCAGCUGUUGCAGCACUCCCCCGGGAAGCUCUUGCUACUCGUCGCAGCGCAGCAGCCCCGCCCCGCCGUCCGCUUCCGACUCGCCCCUGCGUCCCCCCAUCACCCGCUCACUCUCGCGUCUACUCCUGGAGGAGGACGAGGGGGAGACCAACGUGGACACGGGGGUCGCCGUGACCGCCGCCGUGACUCGCUCUUCUUCAAUGGAGCUUUUGAGCUCAUGUCAGCCACGGACGCCCGCGGCCUUCGGGCUUUCGGCCAAAAACUGGAGCCCUUCCAGAAAGUGGCUUUGCUCUGCUUUCUCCAAUCAUGGUGCAAACAUCAGCGCGCCGCUGACAAAUGCGCCCGAUCCCUGUUAUGUCGAAGAUGUUUUCACCGCCACGGAACUUUUUGCUAAGCCGUUGUCAUCACAGGUGAAUGAAGAGGAGUCCGUCGACGAGUUCUUCAUCUGA